GGUGUUGCAUGACUCGACCGUAUCACGCCGUCAAUGGAACCUAUGAAUAGAAGUGGCCAACGGACUGAUCAUCGGUGUCAUCCCGCAUUAGGACAAGCGGAGCCAAAACGGACGCCUGAAGCUAUGGCCUAGUAUCUGUAUGUCUCAAUUAGGGUCCAACACGGCAUCAUCUGACUGGCCCGGAAAACGGGAAAAUCCCCCAGUGACUGCACCCCCGCAUCGAUCUCCGCCCACCGCAUGAAUCAAAUCCCAUCAAUCCAUCAGCAGAUGAGGAGACUGUCUCACUCUACCGUGGAUUUUUCCCCGCCGCAUCUUGUCUGCGAUUGCUCCGGUUUCAAAAAAAUAUGUCCAGGAAGGUUCUAUCAGGAUGUCUCCAUUCAUCGUAACCGAAACUACUAUACACGAUAGCAAUGUAGUAUCGAGGCAACGGUGGCGAGGCAACAGCCUGUGAAUGCUUCGAUACGAUGCCCUGAAAAAUGGGUAUAUAAAGCCUCUCGGAGUCCUUCCAAGAGCAUAUACAAUCCCAAGCAACUCGACUACACUCUCCAAGACUCAGAAGCCUUAGGCCCUCCCACCAUAUUCUCUCUCUCUCUCUUAAGCCGUCUUUUAACGACCGUUGUUCAAAACAUCCACCACAAUCAUGAAGUCCUUCACAGCCGUCUCUCUGCUCGCCCUCUUCUCCUCGGCUUUGGCCGCACCUGUUGAGCAGUCUACCGACGCUUCUACCGCCGCUACUAUCUCCGUAUCCUACGACCAAAAGUAUGAUGUUAGCGGCAGCUCUCUGACUACUGUUUCCUGCUCGGACGGUGUCAACGGCCUCAUUACCCAGGGCUACAGCGACUUCGGAUCUCUCCCAAGCUUCCCUAACAUCGGCGGCGCUCCUACCGUCGCCGGCUGGAACAGCCCCAACUGCGGAAAGUGCUACCAGCUCCACUACGCGGCCGGCAACGUCGACAAGUCCAUCUACGUGACUGCCAUUGAUGCGGCACCCGGUGGCUUCAACAUCGGCCUGCAGGCCAUGAACACCCUGACGAAUGGAUUGGCCGAGCAGUUGGGCAGAGUCAACGUGGACUACACUGAAGUCCCCCGCUCGAACUGCGGCUUUUAGGAGUGGAUGGGUUGUCUUGAUGGAUGGUCACGAUGAAUCAUGAAUUACAUGAUCCAAGUAUCUAAUUUUAUCUUCUUCUGUCUCUAUUUCAGCAUGUCAUAUAGCAUUAAUGCGUUACGCGGGAUAAUCCAAUCAAAGAACGUUGCAUUUGAUUCUGAAA